AUGAGAGUCACCAUCCACCCACGCAGCCCACCCCCACUGGAGGACAUAGCAGCAGUGAUUGAAAAAUAUCUUCAAGCUAAUUUCAAAAGCGCCUCCGCGAGCGUGGAGCAAUGUCCAGACCUAAGCCAGCCGCCCUUCAAGUUGGCCGCUCCGGGAAUAUCAGGGAACUCAUGUGUAGCCGAUAUUGGAGGCCAGCCUAAUCUAUUUCCAAGUCCGAAUUUCGGCGCCAGAUACUCUCUUUUGGAGCUGGCCCAGGAAAUGCAAAUGUCUCCUUCUGGAGGAUUUCUCCUCGGCGCUGGAGCGGCUCCAUUUCAAGAUCUGGGCCACAACGCAGAGCUCGCUCCGAAUAUUUCUUGGAAAUCGCAGCAUCCCAAUCCGGAAUUCAGCGAUGCGUCUACUCUCGAGGUUCAGAACUAUACCCGUGUCAUUGAGGUUGAUGAGGCUAAGUCGCCCUUCUGUGAGAAAAUUAAGAGUACAAAUUGUGCUCUGAUGAUGAACUUGUACGGAUCCAGCGGUGAUCCAGGCCCAGUACUCAAGGUUACGGCCAGGGGUCGCGUCGGGAGUCAUAACUUCACUAAUUGUAUCCGUUUCGGAUUGAAGGAUGCGUUUGGUGACUCAAUGCCAAUUAGUCUUGGUGGCGUGUUUUUAUUGAAGAAGGGGAAGGCGAAAUUCCAUGUGAUGCCCGAUUUUCCGAACACGGAGGACCUGCCAUUUCGCGAUCGAGAACAAUUGGAGAAACAGUGGUUGACUUAUCAUGAAUUCGAGGCUCCUGUUGUUUGCUUGACUGUCUUUCAUAGCUCCGAUCCUGAAGGGCUCGGCCUGAGGAUGGAACAUACACACUGCUUUGACGCGGAGGGAAAUACGAAAGGAGGGCACUACCAUUACGACAUCCAGGGUGAUGAAGAGGAAGUGGAAUAUGAGGCAUACCUGCUUCCAGCGCGUACUUUGUAUCGGAUAGAUCAGCCAAGUUCGUGA